CUCCUUUCCGCGAACGCUCCACCGCCCCCGCUCCCCUCUCUCUACACUAUGACGCUCCCCAUCAUCGGUCCUCUGCAAGACUUCUUUGCCUCUCUGCCUUUCCCAGCUCGACUGCUUGCUGCCGUCGGCCUCUUCACGCUCCUUAAGCCUCUCUACCGACUGGUACGCGUUCUCACUGACUGCUACGUCUUGGGCGGCAUCCCUCUUGCUACUUUCGGCCCAAGCAAGAAUGAUCCAUCCAAGGCCUCGUGGGCAGUUGUGACUGGUGCGACCGAUGGAAUUGGAAAGGAGUUUGCACUUCAGCUCGCCAAGAAGGGUUUCAACAUCGUCCUCGCCUCGCGCACUCAGUCCAAGCUCGACGCUGUCGAGAGUGAGAUCAGCUCCUCGUCCUCCGCCCAAGUCAAGACGGUAGCCAUCAACUUCCUCCACGCUACUGACGCCGACUACAAGCGUCUCGAGGCCGAGAUCAGCCAACUCAAGCUCGCCGUGCUGGUCAACAAUGUUGGACUCUCGCACGACAAGCCUGUGCUGUUCAGUGAGGGCGAUGUUCAGGAGAUGGAGGCUAUCGCGGAGAUCAACGUGCGAGCUACGCUUAGGGUUACGAGACUCGCGCUGCCCUUGCUUCAGCAGAACAAGCGCUCCCUCAUCCUUCACCUCGGCUCCUUCGCCGGGUCGAUCCCCACGCCCAUGCUCUCAACCUAUGCGGGCACCAAGGCGUUCCUCAUCGGCUUCAAUCGCGCCCUCUCCUACGAAGUCGCCUCCAAGGGCGUCACCUCGCUGCUUCUCAACACCUACUUUGUCUCGACGGCCAUGUCCAAGAUCCGCCGCUCCUCGUGGUCGGUGCCCACGCCUAAGCAGUACGUUGCCCAGACGCUUGCUAAGCUGGGAAGGCCCGGUUCUUGCUACGAGGAGGACAGGCGUGGACGCGAGAUGACCGUCUGGCCUCAGCAUGCGCUCACCGAGUGGGCUGUUAGGGAGUUUGUGGGAUUGGGCAGGGCGAGUGGUAUGAGCCUCAAGAGUCAGAAGGUGAUCAGGGCCAAGGCCAUUAAGAGGGAGGAGAGGCUGGCCAAGGGGCAGUAAGGGCGAGAGAAACAAAGAGGGCAAGACGAUGCGGAUUGUUCCGAGCAAUUGUGACCGCGGGCUAUCUAAAGG